GUUUUGGAAAAAAAGAAACCAGUUGAAGAAUGUUGCGAAGGAUUCACGGUUUCUUCAAAUGGUACUCACUGCAUUCCAGUUUGUCAAUAUCCUUGUGAAUAUGGUACUUGUGUGUUUCCUGAUAUAUGCAAAUGUGACGAAAAUUAUGGUGGCCCAUACUGCAAUAAAACUUGUCCACUUGGAAAAUUUGGCGAGUACUGUACUGAAAAUUGUCAAUGUGAAAAUGGAUCUCCGUGUGAUCCUUAUGACGGACAUUGCAAAUGUUUAGCUGGUUGGAUUGGAAGAGACUGUUCAAUAAAAUGUCCACCACACAAUUUUGGUAUAGACUGCGCCGAUGAAUGUCCAUGUAAAAAUGGUGCUAUUUGUCAUCAUGUUACUGGAAAAUGCGACUGUCCACCCGGAUUUAGAGGCCCACUAUGUGAACAGAGAUGUCCAUCUGGUCGACAUGGGGAUGAAUGUCAAAGUGAAUGCAAGUGUCAAAAUGGAGGUAGUUGCGACCAUCAGACAGGACAAUGCUUAUGUUCUUCAGGGUGGACAGGAUUGGUUUGUGGUGAAAAAUGUGAAUCUGGAAAAUGGGGAGUAAAUUGUAGUAAAACUUGUGAUUGUUUUAAUGAAGGUAUCUGUCAUCAUAUUACUGGUCAAUGUCAGUGCCUACCCGGAUAUUAUGGUGAAAAAUGCAAAGAAAUAUGUCCUGAAGGUUUAUAUGGUCCCAACUGCAAACAAAAUUGUUCUUGCAAAGGAAAUUCAAACUGCAAUCCAAAAACUGGCAAAUGCAUUUGCCAAAAAGGAUGGUCAGGAGAAAAUUGUACGCAGAGAAUGUGCCCAGAUGGUUUAUAUGGUGAAAGGUGUGACAAAGUAUGUGAAUGUGUUUACGAAAAUACAAAUAUAUGUCAUCCAUGGACUGGCGUCUGUGAAUGUGCUGCUGGUUGGGAUGGACCAACAUGUUCAAGAACUUGCCCAUUGUAUACUUUUGGUGAAGGAUGUCAUAGAAAAUGUUUAUGUAAUAAUAAUGCUGAGUGUAUACCCAGUAAUGGAACAUGUGUAUGUCGACCUGGAUACAGAGGUGUUACAUGUAAUAUUACAUGCCCUGAAGGUACUUAUGGCGAAAAUUGUUCUAAUGAAUGUAAGUGUAAUAACAAUGCAAAAUGUUCACCGGAAUCAGGUAUGUGUAUAUGUCCUAUUGGAUGGAGAGGGCAACAAUGUAAUUUACCAUGUGAAAAAUCUUAUUUCGGUGAAAACUGCAAACAUGAAUGUCAAUGUAAAAAUGAUGCUGCUUGUAAUCCAUUUGAUGGUACUUGUACAUGCCAACCUGGUUUCUAUGGGAAAAACUGUGAAUUUAAAUGCAAAGCUGGAACUUAUGGUAGAGAUUGUAAACAAGAAUGUGACUGCAGUGAAGAAACAGAUUCCUGUGAUCCAGUAACUGGUGAUUGUAAAUGCAAAGAAGGCUGGAAAGGAGUAAAAUGUGAAACACUUUGCCCUCGUGGUCUCUUUGGUGAAGAUUGCCAAAAUGAAUGUGAAUGUCAGAAUGAUAGUUCAUGCGAUCAAAACAAUGGAUUUUGUACAUGCUCUCGUGGUUGGGAAGGACCAAAAUGUGAUUUACCUUGUAAAAUUGGAUUUUAUGGAUAUGGGUGUAAAGAAGAAUGUCCUGAAAAAAAUUCUGGAGAAAAUCAAGCUUGUGAUCAUGUAACUGGUGAAUUUAAAUGUCGACCUGGAUAUAUAGGACCAAUGUGCCAACAUGCAUGUCCCUCUAAAACUUAUGGACAAGAUUGCUCAAAAUUAUGUAAUUGUGAAUUUGGUGACUGUCAUCAUGUAACCGGAGUUUGUCAUUGUUAUCCCGGAUGGAGAGGUUCCAACUGUUCAUCUGUUUGUCCAGAUGGAACCUAUGGUAUAAAUUGUGGUCUCAAAUGUAAGUGUCAAAAUGGAGCUACAUGUAGAGCAAUUGAUGGUGCUUGUCAUUGUAAACCUGGAUUUACUGGACCAUCAUGCUCAGAAGUUUGUCCUGAUCAGUAUUAUGGUGACUAUUGCAUGAAAAUUUGUAGUUGUCCUAAUGAUAUGUUCAUUUGCCAUACAGUUGAUGGAUGUGUGUGCAGACAAGGAUAUACAGGUGAAAAUUGUGAUGAAUCAUUAGCUAAUCGUAUAAUUGGUUCAAAUGAUGCAGAAAAAAGUUCAUCAGGAACAUUUGCUGGAAUUUUUGUCGCAAUCCUAUUAUUAGGUGUAAUUAUAAUAAUAUUCCUCUAUUAUCGUAAGAGAGUUGCAACACUUAAGACUGUUAUUGCACAUGUACAGUAUGGAGCAGAUCCACAUAGUAUGAAUACUGAUAGACUCCACUUUGACAACCCUGUUUAUUCCUUUGGUACUGCUAACUCGUCAUCUAGUACAGCGGAUGAACAUCAAUCUUUAAAUAAUUUUCAGAUUAUAAAUAAUCUCCAAGUUAAACCAAAUAAUUUAAUACAAGCUAGCUGCUCUUUGGUAAAUGAUGACAGUGGUAGUUUUGUAUUACCAUCAAGUAGUACUUCUAUUUCCAAAAACAGAGAAGCUGAUCUUAAUAAUCCAAAUAUUUACAAUAGUCUGGAGGAUUUGAAGUCUGAAAAUUUGUAUGAUGAGAUAGAUGAUAAAAAAUUAGCGGCUGCAGAACAAGAAUAUGAUCACCUAGAUUAUCAGCGACCUAAUGGAACAUGGAAACCACACUACCAAAGAAUGUCUUCCACUCUUAAAGACAGCAAAAAAAAUAUAAAUAGUGAUUCUUAACAAACAUGAAUAGUGUGCCAUAUAUAUUUCUUAAAAGACAAAUAAAAUAAUAUCAUUAAAUGCAAUAAAUUUGAAAUUUAAAAAAAUAAUUUGAUUAUAAAGUACUUUUUUUAUGUUAAUUUAUAUGGUUAAAUUAUCUUUAUUAAUAUUUUAUUUAUAAUUUUUUUUUUAAUAUAAUGGCACUACUGUGAUAAUUAAUUUAAUAUACCAUUAAUUCCAAAUAUUUUAUAUUGUAGUUU